AAUGUAUAACUUCACUUGUUUAUAUUUCAGUAAAAUCAUUGUCCAUACUUUAUUUGUAAAACUUGUCACUGUCACUUUAUUUUUUAGAUGCUUUUAUUUUGAAAAGUACGUUUUAUUUUGGUACUCAUGGCACCGGCACAUUUCUGCAGACUCGCGCUACUUUCCUCAGUUAGCUUCAGGCCCCACUGAGGAGAAGUAAGUGGAACGAGUGGUGUCAUAAAUGUUGUAUUUUAUAUGUUAAUAGAUUGUUUAAUGUUACACUUCACACAAGCCAAACCUAUUUGCAGUUAAUAUCUAUAUUUUGCCGUGUGUGACUGUAGUUUAUAUAAUGUGCAGCGCUUCAAACAGUGUUUGGGAGCUUUCUAAAGUUUAGCUAUAUGCUAACCUAACAUGUGCGUGUUUUCUUCCACUGAAGGUGUGAAGUUAGAAAGCUGAUGAAGCCAUUUCCUGCUUUAAUUAUUAUAUUCUGUUUUGCACAGUGGUGCCGUGACCCGGAUUCACAGUGCUUCAGACUGUUCCAUCGUCGUUCCUGAGGCUGUGGAUCAACACCAGCUUGGUCACCAGAGGUUGCUACACGCCGCACACUUACUUUCAUGUAUUGAAGAGAAGGAAUUACAUAGAGGAAACUGUUUUUUUUUUUUUUUUUUUUUUCUCUCUGUAAUUAUUUUUACAUUCAUUGUUUAGAGAGUACAUUUGUCAUUUCUGUAUUUUAUUGUAUACUGAAUUUUGAAGUUUGGUAUACAGGGUUAAAAAUGACAUAUGUUACUGGUAAAAUGGAUGAGGACAAUGUUCUAACUGACAGUUUUAGUUUCGGUUUUGGAAGAGGGAAACCCAUCAGCGGGUACCCUUUUAUACCAGUCAGAGGUACAGCUAAUGUAGAUUCGCCAGCUUUUUGUUCUACUCGCUUGCCAGGUCAUGUAGCAUCACCUCAGAGGGAGGAGGAUUCACAUUCAAGCCUUCCAGAUACAAAUGAUGCAGCUUUAAAUAACCUGAUAACACACAUUGCUCAGCAGGUAGGACAGACUAUAAGAGAUCAGUUAAGGGGGGAAUGUGAAGAGAGGGGUGUUGGAGCCACACCAGCUCAGAGCGGUGUUGGCCAGUUACCCAGUGACCACACUUACCUCAACUUGACUGGUGCAAAGUUAGUGUUGCAGUCAGAUGUGAGAGAGCCUCCAGUCUUCAGAGGAGAUGGAUCUGACAAGAAUACAGUCUGUGAGUGGGAAGAGUUAAUGGGAGUGUAUUUCAGGAAACGAGCCACACCUCUGAGAGAACAGCACAUUGAGAUCAUGUCUAAGUUAAUGGGCAAGGCUAAAGACAUAGUGAGGAUAACUCUGAGGAGCUGCCCAUCCAUGAAGCCUCAAGAUAACCCACAAUUGAUCUAUGACAUCCUCAGACAACACUUUAGUGAUGUGACCUAUUCAUGUAUGCCCAUGGCUGAUUUCUACAGUACAGUUCCAGUGGCAGGAGAGUCCCCCGUAGAGUACUGGCUUCGGCUAAACAAGGCAGUUGAUGCAGCGGAGGAGGGCUUGAAGAGGCUAGGGCGGAAGAUGGAGGAUUCUUGUCAGGAAGUAGCGAUGAUGUUUGUCAAAUACUGCCCAGAUCCCACCCUUGCUGCUGUUUUCAAGUUUAAGGCACCAGAUAAGUGGACAGCUAGUGAAAUCCAAGAGCAUAUUGAUCGCUACCAAACUGAAAUGAAAGAACAGGUGCUUUCCAAAUCAAAGAGAGUUAAACCAGUGACAGUUCAUGUCCAGGUUUCCGCACCUGACGUUUCAGAGAUAGUAUGUCACCCACGGGAGCCAUCUAUGCAAGGUGAGGACAGCACAGCAUCCAAGCCCUCUUGUAAUGAUGACUGUAUGAAAAUGUUAGUCAGUUUAUUUGACAGAGCAUUGUCACAGAACAACCAGGUUACACACAAACCACUCCCCUCUGAUCCAUUUCAACCGAAAGCCUGCAGGGUCUGCCAGUCUCUAGAUCAUUCCACCCUUGCACACUGCAGGCAGAAACGCCUCUGUGUGCUUCGAGCCAAACCACAUCAAGAAGAACUGUCCUAA